AUGACUGUUUUAUCCGACUUGCCUGACGAGACCCUCGAAAGAAUUCUCGAGUUAGUCACAAGUAACCGCGAGUCCCUUGAAAACGUCAGCCUCGUCAACAGCCGCUUCAACAAAAUCGUCUUUCCUCUCCUCGUGCGCCAAUGGAACAACAGCCAAGAAUGUCUUGAACCCUCUAUCGAGAGACUUGCUCUUCAUCUUCUCCGAAACCCUGAUCUUCGAAGGCACGUUGAAAGGCUGGACCUCGGAUAUCUUCGACCCUUACACGAUCAUGAUCCCGAUUCAGCUGACUUGAGCCCUGAGAGUCUAGCUGCUCUCGCAGACGCUGCUGAGAAGGAUCUUAAUGUAUCCAAGUUUCUCUCAACUCAUGUGUGCCAUCGCAUACGCCUCGGAUGCGAAGACGCCAUCGCGGCCUUGAUCUUGGCUUGGUGUACGAGGUUAACCCAUCUGAAUAUUACAGUACCUUCCCUCCAUCCUGGUUGUCACCAACACUUUAUGCCUUUGCUUUACGUUAAGGAGGCUGUUUGUCGGUUGCUUGAUAGACCGGCUAAAAUGGCACCACAGUUGCCCCUUGGCCAGGUUCGUCAUGUUACUCUGCAACCCUGGAAUAGCGAGGAAGUUUUCGACAUGGCAUAUGCUAGAUCCUUUCUGCACCUCCCUUGUAUUCAAACGCUCUGUGCCUAUGGAUUGUUUGAUGACCUGGACAACGGAUCCGAGAGCGAUGACAAUGAACUCCCUCUGACAAAUCUUGUCGAUUACGUGCUCCCUUUCCCAGUUUCGACAUCACCAAUCACAGAGUUAACCAUUGUGGGAUGCUUACGAUCUGGAGUCCCAGAUUUCAUCACUGCAUGUCGGUCCCUCAGAAAGCUCAAUGUUCGUGUCGACUAUGGGCUCGGAAUCUACGGUAUGCCAGACCAAAACGAGCUAGCAGAGGCUGUUAUAAAACACAAAGACUCUCUAGAAGACCUAGACCUCGACAUUAGCAUCAUGAAUUUCCCCAACCCGGAUCCUGUUUUAGAGGAAACCUAUUCACAAUUGUCACGCAUCCGGACUCUUGUGGUCCAUAUCGCCGACUUCUUCAAAGGUGCCUGGUCAAAGGGAGUUGAGGACUGUGUCAAGGUCGUCCUUGAUCGAAUACCUAAAGAUAUCCAAGUUCUCAAGCCUCGUUCCCAUAGGUUCAUCGAAAGCUGGGUUAGUAGUAGUAACGAUGUGUUCCUUGAGCCAUACCUGGAGGGUAUCAUAGAAUUACUUGAAGAAGCUGGACCACAAGGGCGGUUUAGCAAGUUGAGAGUCCUGGAUCUCUCGGAAGCAUUUGUGGAUGACCCGAUUAUGUUUGAUAUUAAGAGGGUUAAGCAAUUGGCUAGGUCCAGAGGGGUCAAAGUUUUGUUGCAUUAUUGA